GACUGCGCGGUGCAAGUCAGCUGACAGCUUUUGGUUGCAGCUAGAGUGUCCAGCAUUUGAUACACGGGAUUGGAAAUAAUCACACACAAGAAAUAUCAUUCCUGGCCAAAAAAAUAAGAUUUUUCCCGGAAAAUCUGUUCUCGGAUUCCCAUCUCUUGCGCAAUGAGUGCUGGCACCCCAAAAUCACUUGCAUCGUCCGGGCAAAAGCCCAUUCAGGAGAUCUGUCAUCCGCUUGGAGCCGAGGAGACAGCGGCAGUCCUCACACCCAGUCCAGAUGUCGGAAACACCAUUACCAGCAUCGAAGGGAAGGACCUGAGUCUGCCCAAUGGGACGCCGGCGGAGACAUCUAGUCCCGCCUCCUCAUCUUCCCUCCUGAACCGGCUGCAGCUGGAUGACGACCUGGAUGGAGAAACACGUGACCUCUUCGUUACCGUCGAAGAUCCGAAGAAACACGUCUCUACUAUGGAGACCUACAUCACCUACAAGGUCGCCACUAAGACAACGCGGGUGGAGUUUGACCUACCUGAGUACUCUGUCAGGAGGCGCUACCAGGACUUUGACUGGCUCAGGACCAAGCUGGAGGACACUCAGCCCACACAUCUCAUACCACCCCUCCCUGAGAAGUUUGUGAUGAAGGGUGUGGUUGACCGGUUCUCUGAGGAGUUUGUUGAGACGAGGAGGAAGGCUCUGGAUAAGUUCAUGAAGAGAGUGGCUGACCAUCCUGUCCUGUCGUUCAACGAACACUUCAAUGCCUUCCUCUCUGCUAAGGACCUGGAUAAGAGACGAGGCCUAGCCCUGCUCUCUAAGAUGGGGGAGUCGGUGAAGUACGUGACAGGAGGGUACAAGCUGAGGAGCCGACCCACGGAGUUUUCUGCUAUGGGAGACUACCUCGAUAUGUUCACACAGAAGCUGGGUACUAUCGACAGGAUAGCACAGAGAAUCAUCAAAGAACAGUCAGGUAGGUAA